AUGGAUAGCUAUGACCUCGUUGUUUUAAAGACUAUUUCCAUUGCUGGGUAUGGAGUAAGAAAAACUAGAAUGGGAAGAAGUAUACCCACCUUACGCAAACGGACCGGGCUAUGUUAUUUCAUCAGCGCUGAGUACAUCGUAUCUAAGUUUGACAACCAGAAACUGAGAAAGUUCGACAAGACUCGCCAGCCGGUGGAGUAUUCGCACGACGUCAAGUUCUUCCAGGCCGGCUGCUUCGACGGUAACUACACCGCACACUACCAGUCGCCGCAACACAUGAUCUGCCUCUGGAGGAAGCUGCAGUCCGGGAGCGCUCAAUGCUGCAACGCCAGAUGA